UCUUGUGGAAAAUUGAUACCUCCGUUUCCAUGAAACUUUCUUUCUUGCUUUUUCUUUUUAUCUCUCAGUCUCAGUCAACGUUUCUGUGUUAGUAUGUACACAUAGCCUCUCUGAUAAUCAUUCCUCUUUAUCUAAAAAUAUCUACAAUCUUGAUCCUCUCUUCAUCGUACUAAUGGAUUUUUUUUUGUCACGUACCAAUGUUGUUUCUGCUGCUGCAAUAAGCCUCUUGGCGCUUUUGGGUACAAGGUUUUUCAACAGAAGAUCAAAAUCUCAUCAAGAAAACAAAACAAUGGCUUCUUCUUCUAUAACGCUUUUGGAUCCUCCGUCUUCUUUGCCUCGCAAUUGGAAACACCAUGUCUUCCCAAGCUUCCACGGGGCAGAUGUCCGCAAAAGCUUUCUUAGUCACAUUGUCAAGGAGUUCAAGAGCAAAGGAAUCGACCUAUUCAUUGACAAUGAUUUAGAGAGGAGUAAGUCAAUCGGUCCUGAGCUCGUAGAAGCUAUUAAAGGCUCCAGGAUUGCGAUUGUCUUGCUCUCGAAGAACUACGCUUCUUCCACAUGGUGCCUGAACGAGCUGGUGGAGAUCGUCAAGUGCAAAGAAGAGUUUGGUCAAACAGUGAUGCCCCUUUUCUAUGAAGUGGACCCAACUGAUAUAAAGAAGCAGAAGGGCUAUUUUGGGGAGGUUUUCAGAAAAACUUGCAAAGGAAAAAGAAAGGAGGAGAUCCAAAGAUGGAAACAUGCUUUGACAGAAGUGGCUCAAAUCACAGGUUACCAUUCAACAAACUGGGAAACUGAAGCAAAGAUGAUUGAAGACACUGCCACUGAUGUUUCCAACAAGUUGAACCUUUCCGCACCAUGUAGUGAUUUCGACAGCUUAGUUGGGAUGGAAUCUCAUAUGACAAGAAUGGAACCAUUGUUACAGCUAGAUUCGAGUGAGGUGAGAAAAAUAGGGAUUUGGGGUUCGCCUGGGAUUGGUAAGACCACCAUUGCUAGAUCUCUAUUCAACCGUCACUCCCAAGAAUUUCAACUGAGUGUCUUUGUAGAUAAUAUCAAAAAAGAGUAUGCAAUACCAUCUAGUUCCGACGACUACAGUGUGAAGUUGUAUUUACAGAAGCAGUUUAUGUCUCGGCUAACCAACAACACAUGUGUCAGUAUUUCACAUUUGGGAGUCGUCGAAGAUAGGUUGAAAGACAAGAAAGUUCUUGUGGUCCUUGAUGAUGUGGAUCAUUUAGAACAAGUGGAAGCCAUGGCAAAAGAAACUUAUUGGUUUGGUCCGGGGAGUCGGAUUAUAAUCGUCACACAAGAUCAAAGGGUUUUAAGAGCAAGUGGGGUUAACUAUAUACACGAGGUGAAUUUACCAUCAUAUGACGAAGCUCUUCAAAUGUUCUGCAUGUAUGCUUUUGACCAGAAAUACCCAAAAGAUGGUUUCCAGGAGCUUGCUUGGAAAGUUAAGGACCUUGUAGGUUGUCUUCCGUUGGGGCUGAGAGUUAUGGGAUCCUAUUUUCGGGGAAUGUCAGAGCAAGAAUGGACGGAGGCACUACCAAGGUUAAGAACUCACCUUGACAUAGACGGAGAAAUUACAAGCAUUUUAAAGUUUAGCUAUGAUGCUUUAGGUGUUGAAAAUCAAAGUUUAUUUCUUCAUAUAGCCUGCUUUUUCCAUUAUGAAAAGGUUGAUAUAGUGAAAGGAUGUCUAGAAAAAUCUGUUUUGGAUGUGACACAUGGGCUUCGAGUCUUAGUUGAAAAAUCUCUCAUAUAUAUUGAAGAAGAAAGGAUAAAGAUGGCUGAAUUGCUACUCCAACUGGGAAGAAAAAUUGUGCGGGAAGAAUCUAUUCGAGAACCUGGAAAACGCCAGUUUUUGCAUGAUGCAAAUGAUAUUGAUGAAGUACUUAGUGAUGAUAAAACAGAUAGUAGAAGUGUCAUAGGAAUAUAUCUUUGGAGGCGUAAGGACAUAGCAUGUACAAAUGCAAGAGCUUUUAAAAGAUUGUAUAAUCUUCGAUUCUUAGAAACGGAUGGAAAAUGCAUUAAUCCGCAAAGUAUUAACUACAUAUCCCAAAAUCUUCGAGUGCUAAUUUGGGAAGAUUUCGAGAUACCAUGUUUUCCUUCUAGUUUUAAUCCAAAGUUUCUAGUUAGAUUAGUGAUGCAUUAUAGCGAGCUUGAGAAAUUGUGGGAAGGAACUCAACAGCCGCUCAGCAAUCUCAAGUGGAUGGAUUUGAGUUAUUCAAGGAGAUUGAAAGAGCUUCCGGAUCUCUCAACUGCUGUUAAUCUUCAAGAACUGAGUCUCAGGGGAUGCGAAAGCCUGGUGAAACUCCCUUCUUCUAUUGGGAAUGCAAUUGAUCUCCGAGAGUUGGAUCUUAGAUUUUGUUCAAGCCUGACGAAGCUCCCUUCCUCUAUGAGAAACCUUGGUAGAUUGUCGACAUUGGUAUUAAGCGGAUGCUCAGAGUUAGAAGUUAAUCUGGCCAACAUCAACUUGGAAUCUCUAGAUGAACUCAAUCUCUCAGGUUGCUCUUCGUUGAAAAGUUAUCAUGAGAGUUCCACAGACAUUGAAGUGCUGGAUCCAUGGAGAAGGAGAAAAUCUCGUCUACGUCAACUUGUAAUAAACGGAAUGGAGAAGCUGGUAUCACUCCCGCAGCUUCCCGAUUCGCUAUGGCUACUAGAUGCAGAAAUUUGUGAGUCUUUGGAGAGACUGGAUUGCUCCUUUCGAAAUCCGGAUAUUCGUCUCAACUUCCGUAACUGCUUCAAACUAAAUCAAGAAGCUAGAGAUCUCAUCAUCCGAACUCCGACAAAUGAAUAUGCAGUCUUUCCCGCUGAAGAAGUGCCUCCGUGCUUCACUCACCGAUCAUUUGGGAGUUCCUUAACUGUGAAGUUGAAUCAAUUGACUGUUGGCAAAUCAAUCAAAUUUAAGGCUUGCGUCAUAUAUGCUGAUGUCGGAGAUGACCGUUAUAGAUGGGACGACACAUCUGUCUAUUGUACCAUCACAUCCGGAAGGAAUGCUUCCAUUGCUUUUAAGAAAAGAGUAGAACUAUUUUUGCCGGGGCAUCUGUUCACAUUCGAAGUUGAGGUGGAAACAGAGGAGGUCACUUCCACCGAGCUUCUUUUUGAUUUUGACGUAACCACUCACGGUGUGUACGAAUAUGAUUGUGAUCAUGAGACUUGGAAACCAUGUAAGAUAAAAGGAUGCGGGAUAAUCGAACUCCUGGAGGUCCCUUUAUUGAGCUUCAGAGAUGGUGAUGAAGAUUGUGAACCUUCAGACACUGAGAGAUUUGCAGAUGACAAUGAAGAUUAUGAACCUUCAGACAUUGAGAUCUGAGACAAACCUUGAAACCCAAGUAAAGAUAGACAAGCAUCAGGAGAAUUAUAGCCAAAAAUCACAAGAGAUUGUUCGUGAAGAUGAUGAUGAUGGUGAUGACAAGAGACAUUUUUUUUUCUUUUUGUGAUUUUGUCUCGUAUUUGAUACCUUAAUAAAUGUUCACUUAUGAGUUCUGCA